AUGUCCAACCCGGAGAAGCGGAUCUUAUCCCGCCCCCCGGCCCCCCUGGCUGCAGCAGCAGGGGAAAAGCCCGGCUCCGGCAGCCGCCCGCUCCACUCCCAUGGCCAGAGCGGCGGAGGUGGAGGCAGCGGCGGGUCUCCUCCUCCCCCCGCUCCUGGAGGCGGCUCGGCUGCCUGCAGCUCCCUUUCUCUCCUCCUAACAACCACCAGCAGCAGGAGCCGCGCUGCAGGGACAGCCUCCUCCGCCGCCUCCGCCAGCAUCGUCCCCAGAGCGGUAGCGGCUCCUUUCCUCGCUCCAAUCCCCUCCUUUUCCUCCGCUUCUCCAUCUUCUUUUUACUUCUUGCCGCCGCCUCCUCGUUUCCCCUCCUCGUCUUCCUUUAACCUCACAAGUCUCCAAGGGAGGGAAGGAGGAGGAGAGGCAGCGAGAGCGGCAGGAGGAGGAGGAGGAAGAGAUGUUGGCGGAGCAGCAGCAGCAGCUCACUUGAUCGCCCAUCCAGGCGGCAGCGGCAGGAGGAGACUGUUCUGUUCUUCCUCCAUCCAGGGCUUGCUGCUCCGUUCCACAGCCGGCGGCCCCCGGCAGCACCAGUCUCGGCUCCUCCUUUCCCCGGCCGCCUCUCGCCUGUGGUCCUGCAAUUCCCUCGGUGCUGCAGCAGCAGCAGCCCGCGGCGACGGGAUCCGAGGAGGCGACGGACCCGGCGGGAGCAGGACUCCUAGGCGGCAGCAGCGGCAGAGAGGCGCCUUCUUCUCCUUCUCGUCUCCCCUACGCCUAGGGCCAGACAUGGAAGAUGGAUCUAAUUCUGCAAGCUGCUUUAGGAGGUUUACAGACUGUUUCUUGAGCACAAGUUUAACCGAUGAGAAAGUGAAGGCCUAUCUUUCUCUCCACCCCCAGGUACUGGAUGAAUUUGUGUCAGAAAGUGUAAGUGCAGAAACUGUGGAAAAAUGGCUAAAAAGGAAAAAUAACAGACAGGAGGAUGAAUCGACUCCUAAAGAAGUCAGCAGGUAUCAGGACACGAAUAUGCAAGGCGUAGUGUAUGAAUUGAACAGCUACAUAGAACAGCGCCUGGAUACAGGAGGAGAUAACCAACUACUUUUGUAUGAACUGAGCAGCAUCAUUAAAAUAGCUACAAAAGCUGAUGGAUUUGCACUAUAUUUCCUGGGAGAAUGCAAUAAUAGUCUGUGCGUAUUCACACCACCAGGAGCUAAAGAAGGACAACCACGGCUCAUUCCUGCAGGGCCCAUUGCACUUGGCACUACAGUAUCUGCUUAUGUAGCCAAAUCCAGAAAAACGUUGUUAGUAGAAGAUAUUCUGGGGGAUGAGCGAUUUCCCAAAGGUACUGGACUGGAAUCAGGGACUCGGAUCCAAUCUGUUCUUUGUUUACCGAUUGUCACUGCAAUUGGUGAUCUGAUUGGUAUCUUGGAGCUUUAUCGUCACUGGGGCAAAGAAGCUUUCCACCUUAGUCACCAGGAGGUUGCAACCGCAAAUCUUGCAUGGGCUUCAGUAGCAAUACAUCAAGUACAAGUGUGCAGAGGCCUUGCCAAGCAGACGGAACUGAAUGACUUCUUGCUUGAUGUAUCAAAAACGUAUUUUGAUAAUAUAGUUGCAAUAGAUUCUCUACUUGAACAUAUAAUGAUAUAUGCAAAAAACCUGGUGAAUGCAGACAGGUGUGCACUCUUCCAGGUUGACCACAAGAAUAAGGAGCUGUAUUCAGACCUUUUUGAUAUUGGAGAAGAAAAUGAUGGGAAACCUGUCUUCAAGAAGACCAAAGAAAUAAGAUUCUCUAUAGAGAAAGGAAUAGCUGGACAAGUGGCAAGAACAGGAGAAGUCCUUAACAUCCCUGAUGCCUAUGCAGAUCCACGCUUUAACAGAGAAGUAGACCUCUAUACAGGCUACACAACCAGAAAUAUCCUGUGCAUGCCUAUUGUAAGCCGAGGAAGUGUUAUAGGUGUUGUGCAGAUGGUGAACAAAAUAAGUGGAAGUGCCUUCUCUAAAACUGAUGAGAACAACUUUAAAAUGUUUGCAGUCUUUUGUGCGUUAGCCUUACACUGUGCUAAUAUGUACCACAGAAUUCGCCAUUCAGAGUGUAUUUACCGUGUAACGAUGGAGAAGCUAUCCUACCACAGUGUUUGUACAGCAGAAGAGUGGCAAAAUCUCAUGCACUGUACACUGCCUCCACAUAUCUGUAAAGAAAUUGAACUAUACCACUUUGACAUCAGUCCCUAUGAGGAUGUCUGGCCUGCCAUUUUUGUCUACAUGGUCCACCAGUCCUGUGGGACAGCCUGCUUUGAACUUGAAAAGCUAUGCCGAUUUACUAUGUCUGUAAAGAAGAACUAUCGCCGUGUGCCCUACCACAACUGGAAGCAUGCAGUCACAGUUGCACAUUGCAUGUAUGCCAUACUUCAGAACAACCAGGGGCUUUUCACUGACCUGGAGCGGAAAGGUCUUUUAGUUGCAUGCUUGUGUCAUGACCUGGAUCACAGAGGUUACAGCAACAGCUAUCUUCAGAAAUUUGACCACCCGUUAGCUGCUCUCUAUUCUACAUCAACAAUGGAACAACACCACUUCUCGCAAACUGUGUCCAUCCUGCAGCUGGAAGGGCACAAUGUCUUCUCCAAUCUGAGCUCCAGUGAAUACGAGCAAGUCCUUGAGAUCAUCCGCAAAGCCAUCAUCGCUACAGACCUUGCCCUGUAUUUUGGAAAUAGAAAACAGCUUGAAGAGCUGCAUCAGACGGGAGCAUUAAACCUUAAGAACCAAGCACAUAGAGAUCGAGUUAUUGGUCUGAUGAUGACUGCUUGUGAUUUGUGUUCUGUAACAAAGUUGUGGCCAGUUACCAGGCUGACAGCCAAUGAUAUAUAUGCAGAGUUCUGGGCUGAGGGUGAUGAAAUGAAGAAAACGGGUAUUCAGCCUAUUCCUAUGAUGGACAGAGACAAGAAGGAUGAAGUCCCUCAGGGUCAAAUUGGGUUCUACAAUGCUGUAGCCAUUCCAUGUUAUACCACACUUGCACAGAUCUUUCCUCCAACUGGGCCACUACUCCGAGCAUGCAGGGACAAUCUCAGCCAAUGGGAGAAAGUGACGAGAGGAGAGGAGGCCUCUAUAUGGAUUCCCUCGCAGUCCCUUGCUCCCGGGACCUCCGAUUCGCUUCCUGUGAAGAUUGAUGACUGAACAGCAGCAGCAGAUUGCUUUAACCCUAAAGGCAUCCCUUCUUUGUUUUGAGGGUUGUUUACUUUUGUUCUGUUUUGUUUUUAUUUGAAGAAGGAAAAAGAAGAGCUACAAAUGCUAACUAGGAAGCAGAUCUGCCUAGGAAGGUAACACCCAUGGGGUUACCUCAGCUAAUGACUCUGGAAGCCAAUCUCCUGACCUACACCAGUGACACAGCAUGAACAGAGGGAAAAUGACAACCCAGAUGGUUUGGAAUCAGCUAAUGAAAGAGAACUUCCGACUUGUGAAUAUAAAAGACUGGCCUUCUCUCAUGGGCUACAAUGCUGAGGCCUUAAUUUAAAACUGAUGGGGGAAAAAAAUCUUAGGGGGUACUUCUAAAUUGUAUCUUUCUAGUAAGGGUUUCAAUGGUACUUUUAUUAUACUGUACUGUGGCUGGCUUUAACACCAGUGUCACUUGGGAGUUCUUGGCUAUAAAUAGAACAAUAUACCUAUUGCUAUUGUGAAUGUUUGUGUGAUCUACUUGUAAUCAGUUUGAACUCUAGCAGAAUCCCUGGAAACUAAUUCUUGUUUAGGUUGCAGUGAAUUCUUUUGCUGUAAACUAAAGGAAAACCAACAUUUGGGUUAAAGGUUUAAAGUUCUUCAUUAAGCGUCAUAACACAAAUUGUCACUUGCAAGGUAAAUGUUGAAGGAACUGGUGCUGGGGCUUUGUUCUUCAGAAUGAUUUAGAAACCCAGACAACUCCUCCCUUUAAACACUGGAACUGUGGGAUAUUUAUCUCUAAGGAGAGAUGCAGGCAUAGUUUCAGGUUGGAGUUUUUGUAUCUGUAGUGACAGAAGAUUCAGUCUAAAAUCUGAAUAUGACAGCAAAGAUUUCCUUGCCUAGCUCAUGGAUAAGUAAAGUCGUUGUGUUUAUUUCUACCACUGAGUUAUAUUUUAAAAGAUAUUAAGAGACAUACCUAAAGUAUGUUAUCUACUUGGAACAGGAGCUGUGUCAGAAAAGUCAGGUAUAAUAAGGAGGACUCAUCACAAUAAGUCAAAAAUGUUUUUGUACUGACCAGCUUUUGUAUUGCACAGUAACACUGCAUGCCUUCUACUGCUCUUUUCUACCACUCCCAAACAAGUAAAAUUAAAGAACUUCUCCAUUUUUCCUUUUGUUUUUUUUUCCCCUAGUUGAGAAGAAUGUUCAGACUCAGAACUGCCUUUUAAUUGAAAGAAUAGCUGACUAAAAAAAAAGUACUCUGAAAUACUGUGUUUACAGUUCUGUGCUGGCAUAGGCAUCAGUCUUACAAACUUAUGCACAGAAUGUAAGAUCUUACAUUUAAUGCCACUCUUAGUGCAAUUGUACAGAGUAUGUUUCAUCACUUAAUUUGCCUUCAUCUUUCUUUUAAAAAUAAUGAAAAUAUUCAAAUUGAUCUGCACAGUAGUUGAAAACACACUGUCUUUGCAUAACUUUUCACAUACAGCCUAUACUGCUUCAUAUGCUUUUUCACAAUAGUCUUGUAGUGGUUCUGUGAUUAUAUGGCCAUUUGUGUAACUGCAAGUAAUAGCAGUAGUGACUUAAAGACAGAAUGCAGGUUCUCUUUUUCCAUGUCAUGUCUGUUGAGCUGUAUGGCUGUAAUAAGCAUGCCACCGUACAGUUUCCUUUAAAUGACUUGGACUCCUGAGUUUUGCCUUUUGUUACGGUCGAGCACAUACAAUAUUAGUUUGUACAUAUGUACAGUAUGUGAUAUGUAAUCACAUAAUGUAUAAAUGCACCUAAGCCUUUGCAGUACAUAGAUAUCCUGGAGGUUUAGAGUUCAAUAUUAAGUUACCUUAUUUGUGUCAUACAGCCUCACAAUUCUUUUCAGUUUGCUUCGCCACUUCUAAGUGCAGAAAUUCAUCGUUAGCCAAAAUAAGCUAUUUUGGGGUGGAAAAAAAAUUUAAGGAAAUAAUUAUACUAUAGUAAAUGGAACAGGAUUACAUAUUUUGUCUUCUGCUUUACUCCUGAGCAGUUCCAAUUUAGUUAAAUCAUUCAGGUGAAACCUUUCAACUCCUAAGUACUGAAGAUGCAAUCCAUGGUGUCCUCAUGUACUUGGAAAGAUUUAAAUCUGUAAUGACUACAAAAAUACUUUAUGGAAUUCAUAUAAUUCCAAAACUCAACUGAAAAUUUUUCCUUCCUGGCUUAAGUAUAUUUGCUGUUAUUCUCCAUCCUCCUGGAAUGCUGAUCUUACAGGGUUGCAAAAAUAUUCCUUGUUACACUAUGUCUAUAAUAUGGAAAGUUUUUAAGUAAACUUUUAGUCAUUGACAGUUUUGAUGUCUGUAAGUACUGAAAAAGAACAGAUCUCUCUAACAUUUAUCAAAUUGUCAGUAAGUUGUUCUGUUAAUGUCUGAAGACAUGCCACACUGUUCCUAAUACAGAACUAUCCCAAUCGCUGAAAAUAUAUAGUUCUUAUAGCAUGGUGCCCAUUGCAAGGAAAAACUUCAAUUCCAGUGAUUGAGUUCGGUUUGUUUUUCUGGAGUAUAAAAGGAGGAAAGUCAUGACAAAAAGUUACUACCUUUGAGUUGCUGGCUAAACCAACAAAAAUAUCUAUAACAGGCUGUAUUUUCUAAGUGAAUUCAGUCUGUCUUACCACUUACAGAGUGCAGAUUAAGACAUGUCAAUUUUUUGGUAGAAAAAACUUUAAAUGAGUCCAAAAUUCUGGACUUGUAUUCACAAGUACAGCAGUAAGACAUAUGGCUUAUCAAGUUAUGCUGCUAAAUGCAAUUCCUCCUUGUAUUGUUAUCCUACUAAAACUGAUGUUGCACGGAAUGGAUAAGAAUGCAUAAAAAAAUGUAACAGACCUUUUUUUCCUAGAAGAGCUAGACUAUACUCGCAGAACAACAACAUUUUUAUUGAGAUUCCAAUUGCUUUUCCCUUUUAAGCCCGGUAAAGAAAAAAGCCGUCUCAAGCCAUAUCUGAGAAUUUCUAAUGUUUUGUGAAACAAUACCUGAGGCAUUAAGUGAGAAAAAUAGGUGACAUAGCAUCUGAGAUGUUGCAUAUUUUAUAGCAGCACUGACAAAAUCCAUUGUUAUAAUUAAGCUAUGAAUUCUUCAAGAUAGUACAACUUUCUGCUGUUCAGAAUCUUCAGCUUCCACUCAUGGCAGUAAUACUUUCACAAUUAAUAUAAUUAAUCAUUUCAUUAGAGAAAUGCAGUAGGUUUUUUUAGGGUUUUUUUAGUGGGAGUAUAUGCUAAAAUAUAUUUACAUUGGAGGGGACGUGCAGUGUGAAAUUUAUCUCUUUAUGUGGCACAGACUUCUUUCAUGUGUUUAAACUUAAAACAAUGUGAUCAAUUUGCUGUGAAUACAUUUAGACCACUUAGUGUUAAAAUCGUAGGAAUAGCAUGUAGCACUAUUCAUGUUAAAGAAAAAAUGCAGAGGUUGUUAGAUGCUCAAAAUAAUUUUGACCCACUUGAAAUAAUGCAUUUGCCUCAAACACUGUGAUAUAUUAACAGUUCUAAGAAGUGGUACAAACUCUUGUUCAUCUAAACAUAGGAAGUGACUUUCUGCACACUAGUACAAUGAAGUUCAUGUUCAAAGUUUAGGUUAUAUAUCCCAAUCUAGCAAAGGCACAUCACAACUAUUCUAUUCUGCUGUCUGACCAAAAACUGUGCUCGAUUGUAAUACGGGUGUGUACUCUAUCGAAAAACCUAAAAUAAUGAACUGCUUUCUAGAGUAGAACAAACUGAUUUAUAGAGUAGAUUCAUAUAUAUUCAAAAUUCAGGUUGGGCUGUUAUGUGAAGAAGAAAGAACUUCAAGGUAACAACAUUCAACUUUACUACAUUUAGUG